AUGAUAAGUGGUAGCGUGGGCUUAGCCGAAGACAUAGAAGCCUGCAAGGGGGUGGCCAUCUUUAUAAAGCAGGAAGUGAGCACUGCACAUCCAAGUGUGAUCAUGGCAGAUAACUACAGGGACUAUAACCUGACAGAGGACCAGAAGGCCAUUAAAGCCAAGUACCCUCCUGUCAAUAAGAAGUAUGAGUAUCUGGAUCACACAGCUGACGUGCAGUUACAUGCCUGGGGAGAUACCUUGGAAGAGACUUUUGAACAGUGUGUGAUGGCCAUGUUUGGCUACAUGACGGAUACAGAAACUGUCGAACCCUUGGAUACUGUAGAAGUGGAGACAGAAGGACAUGACCUGUUCUCUCUUCUCUAUAACUUCUUGAAUGAGUGGCUGUAUAAAUUCAGUGCCGAGCAGUUCUUUGUACCCAGGGAGGUGAAAGUGCUUUCCAUUGACAGAAUGAAGUACAAAAUAAGAUCCAUUGGGUGGGGGGAAGAGUUCUCUUUACCCAAACAUCCUCAGGGUACUGAGGUCAAGGCAAUAACUUACUCAGCAAUGCAGAUCUACGAAGAAGAGACGCCAGAAGUAUUUGUCAUCAUUGAUAUCUAAAACAAGAAGAGGGCGUGAAAGGCGUGGAUACUUGUGAUCGCUGGCAGAGGUCCCCCACAUACUCUGUCAGCCGCCUGGAAAUAAUGGAACAAUUGGCUAAAAAUGUAUUGUAAUUACAUGAGGCCAAUCCGCUGCCCAUCAGCUGGGAGGAAGAAUCGCAGGGAAUAGCCAGCUAUGAUUUUACUCUGAGGAGGGUGAACCAGCCUGGGAACUGCACAUCAAGAAAGGAGAGCUAGGUGGUGAGAAGAAAAGGGUUUGUAGGGAAUCUCUCAGAGCACUGAUAUUUUAAAUUGAUUUUUUUUUUAAAGGAUAGCAUUGGUGCUGGGUUCCCUUUGGAUGUAGGUGGGGGAAAUCAAUAGAGGGCAACUUGAAUAUUAUUAUCCACAAAUAUUGUGCUAGCAGGAGGGGAAAGAAAGCUAGAUUGUAAUACAUCUGCUCACAUUUUGCCUUUUUAAAGAAACUGCCUUUCCUCUGUCUUGUGUAUUGCUUUGAUACUGGUUUUAAUUUGCUCAUUCUGCAGCAUCUGUUUCACUUGGGGUGUGUCUAGACUACAGGGUUUUUUUUUUUUCAAAAAAACUUCCCCUGCGUCUAGACUUCUGCCAUGUUCUUUUGAAAGUAAAUUGAAAGAACGCGGCAGUUUUUUCGACCGCAGAAAACCUCGUUUUACCUUUUUUGGAAAGUGCUUUUUCGAAAAAAGGCACAAUGUAAUGCAAACUGUGCUUUUUUUGAAAGAGAGCAUCCAGACUGCCUGGUUGCUCUUUCAAAAAAGCAGCUUGCUUUUUUGAAAAUACUGGUUGUAGUCUAGAUGCUCUUUUUGGAAAGUAUCCUUCGAAAAAGCCUUUUUCGAAAGAGGCUUGCCAUCUAGACAUAGCCUUGGUUUUUAAAGCAGUGCUUCUCAGACCCCUUUCAGACCACAAGCAGAUGGGUGCAACUCCCUCCCCUUCAAAAUUUUAAAAUGCUUUUUUGUUCUGUUGAACACUAAUAAAUACUGGCAGCAAAGCGUGCGUUGGGGAUGGAGCCUGACCGCUUGUGACUCCCCCGUGUAAUCCGGUCGCAGCCCCCGGAGAAGUCAUGUCUCCAAGUUAGAGAAACCCUCAGAGGCUUUAAAUCAGGGGAUGUCUACACAGCAAAUUAAACCCACAUCUGGGUCAUGCCAGCCAACUCAGCUGAGUCAGCUGCAGGGCUGUUGCCUAGCUGUGUAUGCUUUCAGCUAGAGCUGAGGUUCUGAGACACCCCUUCCCCUGCUCCCCACACCCUACCCUACCGCCUAGCAUCCUGACCUUUGGAAGUCUACACAGCAGUGAAACAGCCCCACAUCCAGAGUCCCCCAAGCCUGAAACUGAAUCUGCUGGCAUAGCCUAGCUGCAAGUGUCUAGUUGGUGUGUAGACGUACCCAGAGAGCUCUGCUGCUAGUCUGAUCUAAUGACUUCUAAUCUAGUAAAAUCCUUUUUGACAUGUCUGUGUUAUAGUGAAAAAAUACCACUAGGUGGUACCGGAUCUCCAUAGAAUACUGGUGGAAGUCCUACUACAAUGAAGCACAUGUCAAUGUGCACGCAGUACACUAGUAAGGUUGCCUCUAGUCCUUCCCACAAGUCGAGGCUGACUGCAGUCACCACUUCUGGUGUAGAAGGGAGUCUACCAGGAUCUACAUGUCCUGGCACAAUUAGAUCAAUGAUACUGAACCUGAGGCCAGGUCUACACUGGCAGAGAAAAUCAAUGCAAGAUACACAACUCCAUCUAGGUGAAUUGCAUAGCUGGAGUUGAUGUACCUUGCAUCAAUUUUUUUUUUCCUCCUCAUUCCCACGUGGCCUCACAGUGGGAGGUCAAUGAGAGACACUUUCUCACCGACUUCCCUUACUCCUCCCAACAGCAAGGAGUACCACUGUUGACAGGGCACCUUAAGCAUUCAAUUUAGCAAGUCUUUACUAGACCCACUAAACUGAACCCCGGAAAAUCAAUCGUCAGAGUCAGUCCUCUGGUAAAUGGAGACAUGGCUAGUGGCUCAAGAGCCACAAGUGUCUCUUCAAUGUAUUUUCAGUGGCUCUUUGCAACACAUUAAAACUGCGAUUUAAUGAUGAAUAACCUAGAUUAAUAAAUCAGGAUGCUUUUACUGUUUAUCAAUUAUAGUUGAUAAAAAUGAUAGUGGAUUGAUCAUUUACCUGUGAGAAUAACAUAAAUAUGAAUAUGUAAUACUAUAGUAAAUUAAACAAUGAAUUCACACUA